ACUACUUUCGCGUGCAAUUCGGUUUCAAUUAUUCGGUACUUCUUCGGUUCCCUUUUUAAUUUUUUUUUUUGCCUUAGUCGUUUUUUUUUUUCGCGGGAAAAAAAUGGCGCUCUCUCGCGCCGGCACGGGACGCUGUAUAUCGAAGUGUGCGUGCGUCACUGCUGUGCACGCGGAAUCCCAUACGUCCCGUUUCUGUCUCCUUUUACCGGACACACACGCGCGCGCAUCUCUCUCUCUCCCUCUCUCUCUCUCUCUCUCUCUCUCUCUCUCUCUCUCUCUCUCUCUCACACACACACACAAACACACACACACACACACACACACACACACACACACAUGCAAGACGGGAUAGAGAUGGACUAUGACAGCUACAGGGUGUUAUAACCAGACGCUGGUGUGUGAGUGAGCGUGGAUUUAUAUAUAUAUAUAUAUAUACAUAUAUAAACCUACAUAUCUCUUGGCCGGACUUCAUGAGAUGCAGGUGUUCAGUCAUGGACCUGAGGUCGUUGUUCUUGCUGCUGCUGCUGGUGCAGUUUUCUGCUGAAGGCGCGGCAAAAGAAGGAGGCAAACCCAAGAAAGGAAAGAAAGGCAAAAAACCAGUCGUCUGUCCUUCUCAACUGUCCGCAGAAGACCUCGACCGAGUUCCUGCCAAUUCAACCAGCAACAUUCUCAACCGUCUGCUAGUGACGUACGACUCCCGAAUCCGUCCCAACUUCAAAGGUAUUCCAGUAGAGGAUAAGGUGAAUAUUUUCAUCAACAGCUUUGGCUCAAUACAAGAGACCACAAUGGAUUACCGCUUGAACAUUUUCCUCCGGCAGCGCUGGAAUGACCCGAGGUUACGCUUGCCGACAGACUUCAAGUCGGACGCGCUGACGGUGGACCCCAAAAUGUUCCAGUGCCUGUGGAAGCCCGAUCUGUUCUUUGCCAAUGAGAAGAAUGCCAACUUCCAUGAUGUGACGCAGGAGAACAUCCUGCUGUUCAUCUUCCGCAAUGGCGACGUGCUCAUUAGCAUGAGGUUAUCAGUGACUCUGUCAUGUCCUCUGGAUCUCACUCUGUUUCCCAUGGACACACAACUUUGCAAGAUGCAACUAGAGAGCUACGGCUACACCACAAAGGACCUGGUGUUCAUGUGGCAGUCUGGUGACCCAGUUCAGAUGGACGAGAUUGCUCUGCCUCAGUUUGAUGUCAAACAAGAAGACAUCGCUUACAGGAACUGCACCAAAUUCUACUCUGGAACAGGAUAUUACACGUGUGUGGAGGUGAUAUUCACUCUCAGGAGACAGGUGGGCUUCUACUUGAUGGGGUUCUAUGCUCCCACGCUCCUCAUCGUGGUCCUCUCAUGGCUGUCUUUCUGGAUUAACCCCGAUGCCAGCGCAGCCCGCGUCCCUUUAGGUAUUCUGUCUGUCCUAUCUCUCACUUCUGAAUGCACAUCUCUGGCAUCUGAGCUGCCGAAGGUCUCCUACGUGAAGGCCAUCGAUGUCUGGAUGAUCGCCUGCCUGCUCUUCGGCUUUGGCUCUCUGGUGGAGUACGCCGUGGUUCAGGUGAUGCUGAACAGUCCCAAACAGAUCGAGGCGGAGAAGGCGAAGAUGGCGGAGAAGGAGAAGGAGAAAGAGAAAGAGAAAGAGAAAGAAGGGAAGACAGCGUCCAAGGCCAACUCCAUCAACGGCACCGGAGGAACCCCGAUUCAUGUCAACACACUGCAGGUGGUUGAAACCCGUUGUAAGAAAGUCUGCACGUCCAAGUCGGACCUGCGCUCUAACGACUUCAGUAUCGUUGGAUCUCUGCCACGUGACUUUGAGCUCUCCAACUUUGACUGCUACGGGAAGCCCAUCGAGUCCUCGAACGUGUUGCUGAAAUCGCAGAACAAGAAUGCUAAGAAGCCAGCGCCCCCAAAACCCGUCAUCCCGUCCGCCGCCAAACGUGUCGACCUGUAUGCUCGCGCCCUCUUCCCUUUCUCCUUCCUCUUUUUUAACGUCAUCUACUGGUCCACUUACCUGUGAAGAGCUAUGGGUGUGUGUGUGUGUGUGUGUGUGUGUGUGUGUGUGUGUGUGUGUGUGUGUGUGUGUGUGUGUGUGUGUGAUAUUGAGCAUGCGUAACUGCCAAGAUAUGGUUUCCAGCUUGUACCAAGUACAAUGUCUGCUAAAUGCUGUAAAUAUUUGAGGUUCUAUUUAAUGUGGCAAAAAACAUCAUCUCCAAAUGAGAUUCGUGUGAUACCAAAAACCACAGAUAAACAGUUUAACCUCCCAAACCGAUCACAGAAAAAAGCUGUGCAGUCGGGAGCUGCUUGCUGGCAGUGGCAACUCGGACACGAAUGCUGGAUUUGUGCAGGGGAUACUCCAAAUAAUUCAUUCAAAAAAAGUCAUUUUCAAUAAAAAUUUAUUUACAUAUCAGUUUCCUAACUUCCACAUGACCGUCCUUUCAUCCCUUCAUCCUGAAAGAGAACAUUAACCAUCACAAAACGUUCUCCACUUGUAUAUACACACACACACACACACACACAGUACAUUAUUAUAUACAUUAUACUGUGCAUUAUAUUUGUACAUGCAGCAAAUUUUAUUAAAGAGCAUAUUGAAGAGCUAGAUUUAAAAAUAAAUUCACAUUUAAGUUAAACAAAAUGGAUAUUUAUAUCAUAGAAAUAUAUAUGGAUAUGAUAACUAACUAGACAAAUCAUCAGUUAUUUUCAUUUAUUUUUUUAAAAACAUACAGAAAAGGGUUUAUUAUAGUACUUGAAGAUAUUUUUUAGCAGAAUUUAACAUCCAGUCAGCUCCAAAUGGUUCGUCAUAUCAUGGUAAAAAUCAAUCCAGCUUCAACGGCGGUCAUUUGUGGCACUAAAUGAAAAAAAAAAAGAAGUGUUUACUUAAUUACAGUGUUGUUUCGAGUGCAUGAGUGGAAAGCCCAGACUUAUUUCUACCCUGCUUCACUGCAUCAAGAUGAUCAGACAUGUGUGUGUGUGUUUGUGUAUGUGUGGACCCUUAUUUUUUGCACCUGUACACUGACCCAAAUCUAUUCUAAACUAUGUUACCCCAUAUACUAUACUGCAGACUGGGCAUUUCUCUAACGUAUUAUUAUCUCAAGGUUUUUGCUGCUAAGCCAGUUAUGUUCUGCAUGUUCCCACAAGGCCGUGUGUGUCAGACAAGUGUGUAUAAAAGGCAGAUGCUGUUACAUUAAAGAGCUUCGUUUAUCAACGUG